CACAAAUACUGGCUAGUUACAAUAUCGGCUGCGCGCGCGGCCACAUGUGACCAUGGCAUUAAAAAAAUAUAUCGCGUUAGUUUUUUUAUUUGUGGCCAGUGUUAACUGCAAACAAGCAUACAAAAUAUGCGUGGCAGAACAAUAUUUGAAAGCAUGCGAGGAAAUGCUGGAAGUGCCGACCAAGAGCAAAGCAGUGCUGAAAUGUAUUCCAGCGAGAGAUAGGAUGGAAUGUCUAAGCUACGUGCAGCAAAGGCAGGCGGACUUCGUGCCCGUGGACCCUGAGGACAUGUACGUGGCCUCCAAGAUCCCCAACCAGGACUUCGUGGUCUUCCAAGAGUACAGGACGGAUGAUGAGCCAGAUGCGGAGUUCCGUUACGAAGCUGUGAUAGUGGUCCACAAGGAUCUUCCCGUCAACAACUUGGACCAACUGAAAGGGCUCAAGUCGUGCCAUACUGGAGUCAACAGGAACGUUGGAUAUAAGAUUCCUCUGACAAUGCUGAUGAAGCGCUCCGUCUUUCCUAAAAUGAACGACCGAACCAUAUCGCCGAAGGAGAACGAACUGAAAGCAUUCUCCACCUUCUUCUCCCAAUCCUGCAUCGUUGGCAAAUGGUCUCCUGACGUCAAGACCAUGAGGACUUGGAAAUCCCAAUACAGCAACCUAUGUGCCCUCUGCGAGCGACCAGAUGCUUGCGACUACCCUGACAACUUCAGUGGAUACGAAGGCGCCUUGAGGUGCCUGGCCCACAAUGGAGGACAGGUCGCCUUCACCAAGGUCAUCUAUGUCAGGAAGUUCUUUGGGUUGCCAGUAGGCACAAUCCCAGCAAACACCUCAUCGGAGAACCCCGACGAAUUCGCGUACCUCUGCGCGGAUGGAUCCAAAGUCCCGGUCAGGAACAAGGCGUGUUCCUGGGCGGCCCGGCCUUGGCAGGGGCUGCUUGGCCACAACGAUGUGUUGGCCAAGCUGUCCCCACUUAGGGAGAAGAUAAAGCAGCUGGCUGAUUCUGGUGCCGCCACCAAACCGGAAUGGUUCACCAACGUGUUGGGGCUAUCAGAGAAGAUUCACCACGUGGCUGACAACAUCCCUAUCAAGCCAGCCGACUAUUUGAAGAAGGCCAACUACACAGAGGUCAUCGAGAGAGGGCAUGGACCUCCAGAACCAGUUGUCAGGCUCUGCGUAACUUCCAACGUGGCUCUCGCGAAGUGCCGCGCUAUGGCCGUCUUCGCCUUCAGUCGCGACAUCAGACCCCAACUGGACUGCAUACAGGAGGCGUCGGAGGCCGACUGUCUAAAGAACGUGCAAGACAAUGGCUCGGAUCUCGCUUCGGUAGACGACUCAAGAGUCGCAGCCGCAGCCAAGAAGUACAAUCUCCACGCGGUGUUCCACGAGGUGUAUGGCGAGAAGAAGAAGCCUAACUACGCCGUUGCUGUCGUCAAGCGAGGCUCCAGUAUCAAAAAGAUGGAGGAUUUGAGGGGCAAAAGAUCUUGCCACAAUCCCUACGGAAGCUUCAGCGGUCUGGACGCACCCUUGUUCUACCUAAUCAACAAAAAACUCAUCAACCCCGAUCAGUGUAUCAAAAACCUUGGCGACUUUUUCUCUGGCGGUGUCUGUCUGCCAGGUGUUGACAAAGCCGAAAACAAUCCACGUGGUGACGAUGUCUCAAAUCUGAAGAAGCAGUGCUCCACUGAUAACAGCCCAGUGAAGUGCCUUGAAGAAAACCGUGCUGACGUCGCUUUCGUAUCAAGUGCCGAUUUACCAAACUUUGACAAGUCAAAGUACUUGUUGCUUUGCUUAAACAAAGAUGCAGGUGGCACGAGCUGGUUUGAGAACUUCGAAACUUGCAACAUCGCCAUGGCCCCCUCAAGAACCUGGUUGUCAGCUAAAGACUUCUUGUCAGACGUCUCCAUAGCCCACACUCCGUUGAGUCUAGCACAACUUUUGGCUGAUAGAACUGAUCUAUUCAACAUUUACGGAGAAUACUUGAAGAAUAAUAAUGUUAUUUUCAAUAAUGCUGCUAAGGGCUUGGAAACUACAGAAAAAAUGGACUUCGAGAAAUUCAAGGCAAUACAUGAUGUUAUCAACAAUUGCGGAGUCGCUUAAAAACUUUUCAUAUGUAAAUUAUAGUUUUAAGCCACAAUUCCCGGUGUGACUAACAAAUUAGUGGUAAGAAUGACAAAAACAAAAGUCUGAAUUUAUGAAUUUUAAUUACAUCGCUUAUAAUGGUAAUGAUAAUAAAUAAAUAAUACCCAUAUCAUGUAGUUUUGUUUUGUACCGAGUGAGACUUAUAAUGCAGCUAAGAUCAGGGU